CGCCACCGGACGCGGUCACCAUCACCAUCAGCACCGUACGGGACCGCUCCGUCUGCCGUAAAAAGCUGUCCCACCGUUGGCGACCGCCGCACGCACAAGAUCGCCGCUGCUACGCGUGUCGACCGCAAGUCGCAACAGUUUUCCGCUCGACGCCGUCGCGACCGCAUUCUCUCGGUGUAGUAGUAUAUAAUACGCGCGUUCCGCAUUCGAUUUAUAACAACAACAACAAUCCUUAAAAAUAUCACAUCGCAGGUGACAACUCAACACAUAUCUAACAAUAUACUGCAGGUGUCCGGUACAGUGCGUUUCUGAAAAAUAAAACACCAGCCGCUCUGAAGACCGCUUGCUAGCGUCAUCGUUCUGCUCGCAUAUCGUACAUGAAACCACAUCAGACAAGGACCUAAAACAAUGUACAGCAGACAAAAUCAAAAUCAAGGCGAUGCGAGACUCGAAUUGUUACUGGACGAUUUGCAAUCCACUCUUCCGCGUAAAAACCAUGGACUUGGUAGCAAUGGUAGCACAUCAUCAACUGGAUACAGAGAAGUUACUAAAAGCACAUCAAGGACGAUUGGUAACGGUCAAACAGAAACUAACAAGGAAUAUGAAAUCCAAUAUCUCAAUCCAGCCAAUAAAUCUACAGUGCUCAGUGAAAGAUUACCUGAUCUUCAAUCGGUUGACUUGUUGCGACAGACUAACAGUGGAAAAAAUUCCGGUUAUGAAACGGUUUCAUCAUACCAAUAUAAUAAAUCGACAGAAAGCAAAAGUACAGUUCCCAGACAAGAAACAAACGGUGUUAACAUGAGACAAAGUAUUUCUGAACUCGAUUCAUUGUUAGACGAUUUGAAUCAUGCUCAAAGAGUUGGAUUUUCAAACUCCGGAAUUAGUAGACAUGAAAUAACAACUAAUGAGUCCAGCAUUGAGCCAUUAAGGAGCAGUACGCCAUAUAAACAGCAAUAUAGUAAACACGAAGAACAUAGAUAUGGAAGCCUUAACCGAUCAAAAAUACCAGGGACCAGUGAAGUGAUUUCUACCUAUGAAACGUCGACAACCAAUGGAGAACCUUUAGAUUUAGAUUUGGUAGAUGCUCCGCGUAGUUAUACUAAGCUGCUUCAAAAUCAAUCUCCAGGAACUUAUCAGACAUCGGUAUAUUCAAAAGAAACUACAAAAAAAAUAAUACCGGGUACCACAACUUAUUCGACGUACCAAAAAUUCGGUUCACCCACAACGGAUCCAGGGCAAUCUAAAGUUUACAAUUAUUCAGAAGAGUAUCGUACUGAUAGUAGGAAUCGUUCGAUGCGAGAUUUGCCACCGUCUCCUCGUCCGCAUAGAUCUUCGUCUCCGCGUUCUCCGUCCCCGCACCGCUCACCGUCGCCAAUGUCGUUUCCUCAACCACCAGAACCUAGAAACUACUCGAGUAGUCAUACUUAUACAAACAGGACGACGUCACCUCAGUCGGUUCAGAAGUUUAGUCCGUCCGAUCCAAGCAGAAUAAACGAAGAGGUGACCUGGGUCGCUCAUGCCACGCCCCCUGUAACCCGUCGUUUCCCCGUGAGCGUGGAUAACAACUUAACUUCGCCGUCUGGCCAAACGGUUUAUUCGUAUAAAUAUUCAAGCGAGACCAGAGAGAACACUAAAUAUGGACAACCAAAUGGGUACACAAAACCUGUACACCAAGAACAGUUUCCACUACGCCAUUCGCCGUUCCCAAGAGACGAAGCUGACACUCCAGGACUCCAAAAUCCACCUAAACGGUUGGAUGACUUGAUGGCAUCGUUUGGAGACAGAACAGAUUAUACAAACUACCACAGUAAUAGAGAAUACCAUUCAAAUAUCAAGGAUUAUCAGACUAAAUCUAAAGAAUACGAACACGACAAGGCUACAGAAUAUACGAUUCCAAUUAAGAAGCCACAAUCCGAAUAUCAAACUCCUGAAAAUAAAAAUUCCGAAAAAUUAACAGAAGUUAAAGAAGCUGAAGUGACUCAGUCGGUUGCCGGGCCGCCAGUUUUUUAUCCACCCGGGUCAACAACGUUUGCGAAGAAAGAAGAAGUAAUGCAACAGCAAGGUCAAUUUGGUCAGGGACAAAUGAAGGCCAAGGCCAAAGGAAUGUACAAGUACAAAAGCAAGAGCAAAUCAAAGGAAAAGCAAAGUUCUGGAGCAACAAUGGUGCCAGUAUGUUUACCAAUGUGCUGUGCUAUGCCAUGUGUUAUUAUGUAACCUAUAAGACAUUACCUAUACAUAAUUUAUAUAACUUUACUAAUUUAUAAUUAUUUACUCGAUACAAAUAAUAAAAAAAUAUCUUAUGGUGGCCUAUUAAGCUUAUUGUCUUAAAAAUGAAAAUACUGAAGUAUAUAUAUUAUUUUAUAUAAAUUGGUCAUCAUUAACUCAAAAAAAAAAAAUAUUUAAGCGUGAUAAUAAUAUAGAUCAUAGGCGAGCCGCGUACAUACACUUUUUUCGUAGGGGAUGCCAGUAAAUUAUUAGAUUUUUAAACUGAUAUAUGACAAUUGUUAUAAAUUAUACCUAACUAAAGAUUAAAGAAACUGCUAGUUCCACAGACUGCAUAGGAUGCCAUGGCAUACCGAUAUCUCCAGAGCACGCCUAUGAUAUACAUAACAAUAAAUAAUAUAAUGGGUAUUCUUACUAUAUACUAUUAAGUUAAAACAAAUUUAUAAUUUAUCAUAUAUUAUUAUCAGCUUAUAUUCUUGCUAAAUGUUUCUUUUAUAUCGAAUUAUUUUCAGAAUAUUACUUAUGUAAUAUGUACCUAUUAAUUGUUAUAAAUACCAAUUUACCUGUAUAUUUUAAACUUAAACACUUAACAUACAACUAACUUUGCUGUAAGCUUAUUUAUAAUUUGUAUUUGAUUAUUAUUAAUGUAUUAUCUAAGAUACAAACAUUACAAAUGGUAAAAACGAUUAUUAAUUUAUGUAAUUAUGUGUAUAUGUGUAAAUUGAACAUUAUUUACAUGAUUAUAAUUUGAAUUGGUCUGAUAAAAGUAAAAGAUGUAAAUUCCACAAAAUGAAAUUCACCAAUCAAUUUUUUUACAUUUAGUUAUUUUGAUUACAAAUUUAAUAAAUAAUAAUAUUAAUAUACGACAGUUGAUAAAUAAUUUACAAUUAUUUUACGAAGUACUUACCGUCAUAUUGUUUACUAUACUUACUUAAGUUAUAAUACAACAAAUUUAAUAGUGUCAAAUGUUUUAGUGUAGGUGUAUGAUGUAAUAUGUUAUGUAGGGACCUAUUAAAUAUUAAUUAUUAUAUAUAAAAAAACAUUCAACUGAGCUGAAUCACAGAAAUAUAUCAAUAUUCUAACAAACCACGAACAUCGUGUAAACUUUGAUGUUUAUUUAAACAUAUUUGAUUCAUGCUGUUCUUUUUUUGUUUAAUAGGUACCUAUUUACAUGACUUAACUAUAAUGAAUGUUAUAAUUAUUAUAUAUAUUAUGCAUAGAAAACGCAUCAA